AUGCAUCGGCGUGGCUGGCCGGGAUUCCAGAAUGUGGAGGAGGCCGGAGAAUCCGAGGGGAUUGAUCGGGCGUCUGGACGAAUCGCAACCCGCAAAAGCUUAAACCAGUCCCGUUUCCAAAGUUCGACAACUUGCGCCCCAACUCUCAAGCCCAUUUCGACCCCUGGGCCAUCGCCACUGUUCUUCUGGAAGGGUUCCCGGGUUCCCGGCCCGUUGAUCAUCAGUCGGCGUGAGUGGAGUAUAGGUAUCAACGGGAGGUUGCAAUCCGAGCCCAUAACCCGAAAAUAUUUCGGGAUCGACGACGAGGUCCCGAGAUACCUGUCCGGCUUCGGAGAGUGUCCGUUGAACGUGUCAUGCUUUGCGGACGGGACAUACAGAUUAAUUACGCGACAGAAUGGGGCGUUGGCUUCCCCAUGGAGAGAGGAGUGUAGUCGGCGAGUCUUCGGCGAAAUGCCCCUCCAGUUAGAGGACUGGCGUCCUCGGGACCAUAGCUCUCGGGACGAGUCCGUGGAAACCGAGUCCCGAUUCUCGCUAGGAAAAGACGGUGGCACGGGAUCCCCAUGCCCCAUUCAAGGUUCAUUCGUGCGGGAGUUGCCCGUCUGGCAGGCCGAGGGCGUCAUUCGUUGGCUCUAA